AGCGAGAGGAACAUACUCUGUGGAUUAUCACUGCAAACAGGAGUGUGUGUCUGCAGGAGCGAUGCCCUUCCUGCAGGGCGGCGCUGGAGGAGCAGAGAAAGACGACAGGAAGGGGGAGCUCCUCCUCUCCUCCUUCCCCACCAAGAGCUUCUUCCAUCGGGCUGCAUUCAACCGGCCCUCUGUCCCCCACUGGACCCCUGGACACCCCAAAACCAACCAGAGUGUACCCCCACCACAGGAGUCCCCGCCUAAAACUGCACGCAGGCUGAGUUUCAGUGGGAUCUUCAGGUCAACCUCAAGGGAUUCGAACCAGCAACCCUUGUCCUCCUCCUCCAGCAUGAAACUGUUCAGCCGCAACAAGAGAGACAAAGCCCGGAGCCGAGCCUACAGCCUCUCCUCCCGCCCUCCCCCACCCUCUCUCCCCCGGCAGCAGGAGGUUUUCCGGUUGGAGACGUACCUGACUGAGCCGAGGCGUCCGGAGACUCGGAGGCUGAGGUCCUACUCCUCCCCUCCUGACCCGGGACAUCCAUCCUCCUUCAGCCGCCAGUUGACUCCUCUGAACCCGCCUCCUUCAACUCCUUAUCCAAUGACCACGCCUCCUCUGGUCCCGCCUCCUGUCAGGAGGAUGGUGGAGGUCGGCAUGGCGGAGCAGCCGGACCCCGAAGAUGCCGCAUCAGAGAGAGAUAUCUACAUGCGCUUCAUGAAAUGUCACAAAUGUUACGACAUCAUCCCCACCAGCUCCAAACUGGUGGUGUUCGACACCACACUGCAGGUGAAGAAGGCCUUCUUUGCUCUGGUGGCCAAUGGGGUAAGAGCUGCUCCACUGUGGGAGAGCAAGAAACAGAGCUUUGUAGGAAUGUUGACGAUUACAGACUUCAUCAACAUUCUGACCAGAUACUACAAAUCCCCCAUGGUUCAGAUCUAUGAGCUGGAGGAACACAAGAUCGAGACGUGGCGAGAGCUGUACCUGCAGGAAACCUUCAAACCUCUGGUCCACAUCUCACCUGAGAGCAGUAUCUUCGAGGCGGUGUUCUCUCUGAUCCAGAAUAAGAUCCACCGGCUGCCGGUCAUCGACCCGGUGAGCGGGAACGCUCUGUACAUCCUAACCCACAAGAGGAUCCUGAAGUUCCUGCAGCUCUUUGUGUGUGAGAUGCCAAUGCCGGCCUUCAUGCAGCGCUCUCUGGAGGAUCUGGGCGUGGGAACUUACUCCAACAUCGCCUUCAUCCACCCCGACACGCCGCUCAUUACCGCGCUCUGCGUGUUCACUCGCCGCCGCGUCUCUGCCCUGCCCGUCGUCGACCACCGCGGGAGAGUCGUCGACAUCUACUCCAAGUUUGACGUCAUUAACCUGGCAGCGGAGAAGACGUACAACAACCUGGACGUGACGGUGACUCAGGCGCUGCGUCACCGCUCGCAGUACUUUGAAGGCGUCAUGAAGUGCAACAAGAGGGAGACGCUGGAGACCAUCGUGGACCGCAUCGUGAAGGCCGAGGUCCACAGGUUGGUGGUGGUGGAUGAAGAGUCUCGUAUCGUCGGCAUCGUCUCUCUGUCUGACAUCCUGCAGGCGCUGGUGCUCAUCCCCACAGGCUUGGGGAGGAAGGAGUCUCUCCCCCCUCAACCUGACACCUGCCAGCAAGGGGAGACAGAGGUGGAGACAGAGGGGGAGACAGUGAUUAAGACAGAGGAGGAGGUAAAGGGGGAGACACAAUUAGAGGGGGAGACAGAGGGUAAAGAAGAAAGACAUUUAGAGGGAGAGACAGAAGGGGAGGUAAAGGGGGAGACAGAGGGGGAUACGGGAAAGAAAAUAGAGGGGGAGGGAGAGAGACAAGUAGAAGCGGAGAGAGUAAAGGAUAAGACAGAUACACAGACAGAGGGGGAGAAAGAAGCAGAGGGGGAGACGAAAGGAGAUACUGAAGAGAACAUAAAGGGGGAGAUAGAUUGGACAGAAGGGGAGGUAAAGGGGGAGACAGAAGGGGAAGGUAAGACACAGUUAGAGGGGGAGACAUCAAAAGAGACAGAGGAGGAGGUAGAGAGACAAGCAGAGGGGGAGACAGAAGAGGAAGUAAAGGGGGAGACAGAUGGAGAGUUAAAGGGGGAGACAGAAGAAGUCAAGGGGGAGACAGAAGAGGGAGUAAAUGGGGAGACAGAAGGGGAGGUAAUGGGGGAGAUAGAAGGAGAGACAGAUGGAGAGGUAAAGGGGGAGACAGAAGAAGUCAAGGGGGAAACAGAAGGGGAGACAGAUAAGGAAGUCAACGGGGAGACAGAAGAGGAAGUAAAGGGGGAGACAGAAGGGGAGACAGAUGGAGAGGUAAAGGGGGAGACAGAAGAAGUCAAGGUGGAGACAGAAGGGGAGACAGAUGGAGAGCUAAAGGGGGAGACAGAAGAAGAAUCCAAAGGACCAGUAGAGGGGGAGACAUUGGAGGAGUCAGGUGAAGCAGAGAAGGGGGAGACAGGGGAGGAAGGAGAGACAGUGGGGGAGGAAAAGGGGAAAGAAGCGUGA